AUGUAUGAUGAAUUGCAUUUUUUGUUGCGAUUUCAGCUUAUUGGAGAAGCUAAAAUAUCGAAACAAGAGGGGAAUGAACUUAAACAGAAAAUGACAUUUAUAAACACUGAAAUGCUGGCAGACCAACCUAUCAAUGACAGUGAAAAUCACACUGAGAUGGAAAAUUGCUCUGCCAUCCUUGGACAAGAGAUAACCGAUGAUGACAGUGUGGAACAAGACAUGAAGAGUGACUCAGAAAACGGUACUAACUUAGAACGUAUUGAAAAUCAUCAGACUGAGCAAAUACCUUUGAAGUCAGAAAGGACACAAUUUGGAAGUAAAAUUGGGACGCAUCCGCAGGAAGUCCCGGUAAUGACUGAAGUAUAUCAAGGAAAUGACAUGAUGCCUUGCAGGAAAUUGAUGGCAGAGGAAAAUUGCCAACUAAAGAAAGAAGAUCAUGUUUUCAACGUGGAUGAUAAUCUUAACUGCGAAACAGAAACAGUCAACAUCUAUCGAUGGAGAAUCAAAGUCCUUGAACAAGAAUUGGAAAGAACAAUUGAUUACUUCCAAAUUCAGGUAAAGUGGGCAGCUCGAUUUGCCGAGAGAAAACUCUUUGAUUUAAAGAAAGAAUAUAAAAGGAAAAGGUCACUGACAUAA